AACGGCGCGAAGUUAGAAACAUUGUCUUUCACUUGCGAUGCAACGAAGAAAGGCAAAGAAGCAAAAUUCUCAACUGCUCUCAGGACAACAGACGAUUACAGGAUUUUUUCAAAAGCCGCGCACAUCAUCGAAGGUUCUGGCUGCAGGUCUCCCCGCUUGCUGUGGUGUGAGCGGUGUGAACAGCGUGAAAGCGAACGGAAUAUCUCUUCUACACUCGAAGCAACAGCAAAUGACACAUGUACCUAUAGUCCCGGAUGUCAAUGGCGAGGAACAGGCCAGGAGGUGUGUUGCUGGAACCAGGAAUAAGUUCACGAGCAAAAUUAAAACUAACGGUGUUGUGGAAACUGCUGAUGACGGAGAGAUUGUGUGUGUGGGAGAGUGUCGUGCACGUGUAGCUAGUGAGGAUGAUUGCUACAUGCGCAAGAGAUGUCUUGGCUCUCCAAUCCCGACCAGUUCUCCGAUGACGUCACAAUCUAAAAUGGCGCGGCCUCCUGCUGAUAUGGCGUCAUCGACUGAAAAGUUAGAAUUGAGGAUGAAAUCUAGAAUCAAGUUGUUUGCAUGUGAAACUGAAGUGGAAGGAGAGCGACAACUGGAUGUAACGAAAAUGAACAAUCCGUUUGCAUUGGUAGAUGAAAGUGUGUUGUUGAAGUCACGUGAUCAGUGUGACAAGAGACAGAGUGUGUUGAAUUUAGCUCAACCGUUGGCUGGUCUUGAUGAUUCGCUUGAUGACAGUGCAAUGUUGAAAUCGUAUCUUGUGGACAAGGAGGAUGUGGAAAUUUUGAAGAUAAAGACAGAGAGUGAUGUGCUGUUGGUGGAUAUGAAUGACGAUAAUGGAGAGAAGAAUGGAGUAACAACAGAACCUGCUGUUGCCAGUUGUAAAUUGCCAACGGAAGGUAAUAGCCUUAAUGACAUAUUGGAUGGAGUAGAGUUUACUCCCAUCAAGUCUCAAUCUACUGUUGACCCAACAUGUCGGCUACAUGGGCAAACCCAACAGCAAUCUGUUCAACUUUCAUACAUUCGCUGUUUUGUGAAAGAUUUGAGUGUAAGGACGAUGGAUGCCGCUUGUAGUUUAUAUGAAGGACAGCAAGAAGUGGUGCUUACUUUGGAUACUGUUGAUGCUGGCGAGAAGAUUUGCUUUCUACGAGAUGACUGGACAAUAACUAAAAUUUCCACAGGAGAUUGCGUUCACAUUGCAGGCUCCAUUGAAUUGAGUGCUCAUAGUUUUAUUCUGGACAACACAACAGGUGCCUUCAUCAUUGUUCAUCCAGACAUUCUUGUGCAAGGAACUAGUGUUGCUGGAGCCACACAUUGUACACGACGUGCAGUGCUGGAUAGCUUAUUCAAGAAUGGAAGCCGAGCAUCUGAAGCAACACUCUUGGGCAUAGUAGCCCAUCAACUAUUUGAUGAAGCAAUGAGAAAACGAGACUUCUCCACUUCGUGGUUGAUUUGUGUGGCCAAACAGUUAGUCAGAAAAGUUCGGAAUCUUGACAUGAUGUUUUCUUUGGGAAUUACAGAAGCACUUGUACUGGAGAAGACUAAAGAAUUCAUUCCAACUUUGCAGGAAUGGGCAAGUGUAUUUGUGUGUGAAUCUCAACAGGAAGAGGGAUGCAGCACAAGCAUCAUGAGUAUGAAGUCGGGUGGAGACUCAGCAAUUUCUAUAUCUCAACUUCAUGACAUUGAGGAAAACGUCUGGUCACCUCAAUAUGGUCUCAAAGGUAAGGUGGAUGCAACAGUAGAAGUGAAGAUUCACAGAAAUCGUCACAUGUCAAUGGACAGCUCGUUCAAGGCACUUUUGUCAACUUUUGAUGACGAACAAUUGUUAAUGCCACUGGAGCUGAAAACAGGAAAGAUGUUCAGUAAACUUGGGUCCAUUGAUCAUCGAGCUCAGGUUAUUUUAUACACGUUGAUGUUAAGUGAUCGACAUAGAAUUGAUGUUCUAACUGGAUUACUGCUUUAUUUGAAAACUGGUCACAUGACGGCGGUUCCUUCACCUCUCAAUGAACGAAGAGCUUUGAUUAUGAAGCGCAAUGAGCUGGCUUCCUAUUUAGCCUCUUUUUCGUCACACAGAAAUCUUCCACUUGAAAUGCCACCGGUGCUGGGUGUACACCACCAGCAUGGUUGCUUACGUUGCUCGCAACUUUCCAACUGUAUGCUGCUUCACAGGGCGGUUGAGGAAGGAUCUAGCAUCUCUGCUGGCAUUGGGGAUAAAUUUGAGGAGUUGAUGGGUCACUUUUCAGAGAAAGAAUUGCUGUACUUUCGUGAGUGGCACAAUAUGGUAAGCCUAGAGAUCAAAGCGCAGACUAGAAAGGUUUCAAUGCACAAGAUAUGGACAACAUCACCUGCUUACAGACAACAACAAGGUUCUUGUUUUUGUGAAAUGCAACUUUCUUCAGUCUCCUCAAAUGGUUCAUUGCCUGACGCUUUUAUUCACACGUUCACUUUGUCCACAGCAGACAUCAACUCUAAAUUUUCAUUGACUGAUCAAAAUAUUAGUGAAGGAGACCUCGUGGUUGUUAGUAGAGAAAGAACAGACACUAGACACGUAGAACUCGCAGUCACCAUGGGGUUUGUGUUAAGCUUAGAUCAAAACAAAUGUUUAAUCAACUUGGACAAGCAGCUCAGAACGAAUGUACAGAUUGUCUACCAUAUAGACAAACAUGAAUCGGCAUCACUGUUGUCAUUGUCAUUUCUUAAUCUUGCUGAGCUGUUUGUGGGUAGAAACAGUGCUCGCUGCAAGCGACUACGGCAGCUUAUUAUUGACUUGCAGUCUCCACACUUUGCUACUCCCAAUUGUCGGCAUCUUCACACUACAAUUGAGUGUAUACAAUCUCUGAAAAAGGGUUACACUGAAGCAAACUGUUCUCGUUCUUGUCUGAAUGGCAUUCUCAAUGGUCUCAAUUCGGACCAACUGACUGCUGUAGAGAGGGUAUUGUUAGCAUCAGAUUAUGCUCUUAUACUUGGAAUGCCAGGGACUGGAAAGACAACUACAAUAUCAUGUCUUUUGAGAAUUCUCGUUGAGUGUGGAAAACGAGUUUUGCUUACAAGCUACACUCACAGUGCUAUCGAUAACAUACUUAUCAAAUUACAGAAGAAUGGUGUUGAUUUCUUGCGAAUUGGUAAUCCUGACAAGGUUCAUCCUGCAGUACGUUCAAAGACUGUUCAUGUUUUAAUGAAUGGAGUGAAGACGGUAGCAGAUCUGAGGGAUGCAUACAUGUCGAAGCCAGUCGUUGCUACCACUUGUUUCGGUGUCAACCAGAUAUGCUUCACGCAACUUCAUUUUGACUACUGCAUCGUAGACGAAGCGUCACAGAUAACACAGCCUCUGUGUCUUGGUCCCCUUCGAUAUGCAGACGUGUUCUUGCUGGUAGGAGAUCACAAUCAGCUGCCACCACUCAUACAAAGUACAGAAGCAAGGGAAGCUGGAAUGGGCGUCAGUUUGUUCAAAAGGCUCUGCAAUGAACAUCCACACGCUGUGGCAUAUCUAGAGCAUCAAUACAGAAUGAACAAGGAUAUUAUGUUGUUGUCUAACUCUGUGAUCUACGAUCAUCGUAUGAAGUGUGCGGAUGAAAGUGUCGCAGAAGAGCUGUUGCGAUUACCCAAUUGGGAAAAAUGGAAACUCAACAUGGAGACUGCGUGUUUGAAUUUGGAGUGGAUGAGGAAGGCAGUGGAUCCAGUCAAUGCAGUGGUAUUUCUCAACACCGAUAUGAUGGAUGCCGGUGAAGUUAAAUCUCAAGGUUCCAUUUAUAAUAUUUCAGAAGCCUAUCUCAUAUUAUGGCUCGUUACUGAAAUUAUAGAAGCUGGACAAGAAGCUUCACAUAUUGGUGUGAUAUCUCCGUAUCGAAGUCAGCUGAAGAUUAUUCAUGAUGUUUUCAAUGCCACACAAAGAAGUUGUUUGGAUAGUGUAGAGAUAGACACGGUUGACAAGUUCCAAGGACGAGAGAAAUCAUGUGUCUUAGUCUCCUUGGUUCGAAGUAACAAAGAUAAUAAUGUGGGUGAGCUACUGUCUGACUGUCGAAGAGUAAAUGUGAUAUUGACACGUGCUCAGCACAAGCUCAUCAUCAUCGGUUCACAUCAGACUCUAUUACAAAAUCCGUUCUUGAAAUCUCUUUUUGAUGUUUUCUUUGCCAAUGAAUGGGUGGUGAGUUUGCCGAGAAGUACACUGGGUAAUCCACAUUUUACCCGUUUGCUUAUGCAGCAAUGACACUAUUGUAGUGACGAUGACUGACGAGGUUUGUAUC